CUUCGAAUGAGUCGACAUUUGCUUCAAUGUCCAACGUAUAUUUUUUCAUCGCUCCCCAAUACAAUUCGAAAACUCCUCCAAAAUGAUGGAGGCACGUCGCCAGGAGCGACAACGUCGGGAAUCGGCAAAGGCAACGGCGGCGAGCUCCCUGCCCUCCAGCCAGGACGAGGAGUUCAAUCUGCGACUGGUCGACCUGUACGGAGAGCAGUCCUGCCUGUGGAACACCUCGCUGCCGGAGCACGAGGACGUCGAGCUGAAGCGCGAAGCCUGGGAGAAGAUAGCCAAGGAGUUGGGAAGCCACUUGACGGCUGCUUUUGCCAGGAGUCGGGUGCACAGCAUGCGGCAUCAGUUGAACGUGUACAAGCUACAGAUGAUCGAGUACCAGAUGACGCCCGGGAUCGGCAAGGAGCCGGAGAAGCCCUAUUACGUGGAUCGGUUUGCUUUUCUGGACAAAGUGCCCACUUCGAGUGGCGAUGACACCGCACGAAGUGAGACAACGAAGUCCUCCAGGAGCUCCGACUCGGAAGUUUCACUUUUCCGCUGGUCCAGGCCCUUGGUGGGCGUUACACGUAGUGCCAUACCCAGUAUCGCUGGUAUGGUCAGGGAGCGGUUGGAGGAGUCCCGGCAACUGCCUGUUCCCCUACACAUGGCCUUCCCCCGUCUCCAGCUCAAUCGGAUGCGGAGGACCGCCAUGAGGGAGCCCAGUUCUGGGUCCUCCAGUCUGGAAAUAUCCGAUGUGCCGCCGACCUUGCAGGCCCGUCCGGGCGAGUCCGUGUCCAAGACCAAACUGUCCACGGACAAGAUGCGGACAAAACAGAAACAGGAGCAAAACAGGGAGGCGGAGUCCGAGGACGACGAGCUCUACAACUUGCACUGGGAAGUGAGAAACCAGCAGCGAUCCUUGCGCAACGGGCAGUCCCCAUUGGCUGGCUUGCCCGCCGGCGAAAAGGAUAUAUUUUAAAGGAUAAUUUUGAGCCAAGAACACCGCCAUCUGUAGCCAAAAGCCAUUAAAUUGUUCUCGAACGUAUUCUCUCUAGGGUCCCCCCAGACCCUAGUCCUUCGACCUUAGCUCGUUUGAAGUUUGAUUAAUUCCCAGCAAACCAACCAGCCUCGACCAGGAUGUGUGUGUGUGUGCGGCCAUGAUAUAUGAAUAUUUGCCACAAGGAUAUAAUAAAAAGUCCUGACGCUAACCAAGAACUCUUGCCGCAAAUCCAAAAAACCACCGACAGAAAAUUACUUUCUGGCUGCCAAAACAAAUUACGAAAUUACUUUCAGAAAUUACACACACACUCACACGUGAUAAGGACGCGAACGAUGGGUAGGAUGGGCGUUUAGCCACGCCCACCCAAGGACUUCCGCCUCCUCUGGCAAGCGUUUCUCAUUAGCGUAAAAAUUAAAUUUAAUUUCCUCCAAUAAACCCUUGACGAAUAUCCUGCCGAAAAGGACUCUGACCUCAAAUUUCCUGCCCUGUCCUGCCCUGCCUUG